AUGGGUCGUGUGAUCCGCAAUCAGAGGAAGGGUCGUGGAUCCAUUUUCACGGCUCACACCCGUCUCAACAAGGCUCCUGCCCAGUUCCGCACGCUCGACUUCGCUGAGCGCCAUGGAUAUGUCAGGGGUGUUGUGAAGGAGAUCAUCCACGACCCCGGCCGUGGUGCUCCUCUCGCUAAGGUCCAGUUCCGUCACCCUUACAAGUUCAAGUUGGUUACCGAGACCUUCAUCGCCAACGAGGGCAUGUACACUGGUCAAUUCAUCUACGCCGGAAAGAACGCUGCCCUGACUGUCGGCAACAUCCUCCCCCUCGCCUCCGUCCCUGAGGGUACCGUCGUUACCAACGUCGAGGAGAAGUCUGGUGACCGUGGUGCCCUUGGUCGUACCUCCGGAAACUACGUUACCGUCAUUGGCCACAACCCUGAGGAGGGCAAGACCAGAAUCAAGCUCCCCAGUGGUGCCAAGAAGGUUGUGAAGAACACCGCUCGUGGUAUGGUUGGUAUCGUCGCUGGUGGUGGUCGUACCGACAAGCCUCUGCUCAAGGCUUCUCGUGCCAAGCACAAGUUCGCUGUCAAGCGCAACUCUUGGCCCAAGACUCGUGGUGUUGCCAUGAACCCCGUCGAUCACCCUCACGGUGGUGGUAACCACCAGCACAUUGGUAAGGCCUCGACCAUCUCUCGCUACGCCGCCCACGGUCAAAAAGCCGGUCUUAUUGCUGCCCGGAGAACUGGUCUGCUCCGUGGUACCCAGAAGACCAAGGAAUAA